GCGAGCCAGCCAGCCAGCUAGCCAGAGUGGACAAGUUCAGCAACGCGAAUAUCGAUUCAGUCUCGCGCAAACCACCCUUACGCGGUACGGUGUGCCGCUGCCGUCACCGCGAAUAUCGCUCAAUCUCGUCGCUACUGGUCGAAUCUUGCCAUGCUCACGACCGCUUGCGCGUAAACAGAGGCUGUGACAAUUAGACUCGUACGAGUAUCUCUCGAUGAGCUGGCCCAAAUUGGCCCUCCGAUCUCCUCGCGAUCCCGUCGCCGUCGUCGUCGCCGUCGUCGCCGUCGUCGCGAUGUCGAGCAUCGAUGUGCCGCGCUCGACGUGGAUAUCCCGUCGCGCCGAUCGCGAUUAUUGAUUCUCGACCAACUCGCGCUCCGUUUUCCUUCUACGGCUACCGAACCGUACAGAAUCGUAUCGUUGAUGAGCGUACGCGGCGCGCGCGCGCACGCCUUGAGAAAUAGAAGAAAGUAAGGAGUGAAAAUCUCGCGCGGGCAGGCAAGCGGACAAGCGUGUGCGCGCGCGCGCGCUCACGUCCGCCCGCUCGCUCGCUCGCUGCCCUAUCGUAUCCCUUCGCGUGCGCGCUGCUAUCAUCCCCUUCUGCCGAGAGCCGAGAGUGCGUCGUCGUCGCCAGCGCGGCGCGGCGCGGCGCGCGCGGAAGACUCGUCUGUCGUCCGACUAUCGAGUCGAAUAUGACGUUGCUCCGUCAUCCACAAAUCGUCGUAUCGCGUUACUCUUGACUACGAAGAAGAAGCAGAAGCAGCAGCAGCAGCAGCAACAACAACAGCAGCAGCAGCACGGACGCCGCGGAGAGACGCGCGAGACAAGCCACCAAGUGGUGCGGUGGUGCGACAGCGGCGGGAAGAGACGCCAAGAGCCGCGACGGUCGAACGCCGUCGUCGCCGCCGUCGCCGCCGCCUCAUCGAGGAGGCAUCAUGUCUUCGAUAUCGGCGCAGGGCGUCGUCGAGCGUGCCAGCGCCGAAUUGACCAAACGAAUCAACGGCCUGGGAUUGCGGACGUCGAAGCAUCAUGGGAGCGGCAAGACGAGCGUCAUGGAACGCGUGACGAACGUCUUCUGUGGCAGCAGUAACAGCGUCGCUUAUAUGAAUUUACAAAGUGCGAAUAAUGUAAACGCGACACCCGAAAAGCCCAGCCGAAGUGCCGCACAGAACGCCAUUAACAAUGUGCCAGCGGGCAAUAAUAAGGAACGCAUGAAUAAUGUCACUCCGAGCAGAACUAGAAUACCUAGAAACAAGAUGAAGAUAGCCGUUCCCCUGGCCAGUGGAGGAACCGGCGGCUACGUGCCGCCGUCUACGUGGGAACACUUGAUGCAGGACGAUAAUUUCCUUGGACGAUUUUUUCUCUACUUUAACGCUACGGAAAGAAGAAUCUUGGCUCAGGUUUGCACGAGAUGGAGAGAUGUUCUGUAUGCAAGACCACGUCUUUGGACAGGGCUGGUGCCAGUGGUGCGAUGUCGCGAGGCUCGCGCUAUGCAACCAAACGCUCGUACUCGACUUUACGCUUCUCUAGUGAGAAGAGGUUUCGAUUCGUUAGUCCUUCUGAGUGCAACGGAUGAAGAUAUUCCGGAAUUAACACGCGGUUUCCCAUUGGCACAACGAUACGUGCACUCUCUAUCGUUACGAUGCUGCGCGGUAACGGACAGAGGUCUCGAAGCUCUCUUGGAUCAUUUGCAGGCUUUGUACGAGCUUGAAUUGGCCGGCUGCAAUGAGAUAACGGAGGCUGGCCUGUGGGCAUGCCUUACCCCCAGAAUAGUGUCGUUGUCUUUAUCGGACUGCAUCAAUGUCGCCGACGAGGCUGUGGGCGCCGUCGCUCAACUAUUGCCGAGCCUUUACGAGUUUUCUUUGCAAGCUUAUCACGUUACUGAUGCUGCGCUCGGUUACUUCAGUGCAAAACAAAGCAGUGCGCUCACCAUUUUAAAGUUGCAAUCCUGCUGGGAGCUCACAAAUCACGGCGUAGUCAAUAUUGUACAUUCCUUGCCCAAUCUGACUGUACUGUCGCUUUCCGGAUGCAGUAAAGUAACAGAUGACGGCGUUGAAUUAAUCGCGGAAAACUUGCCAAGACUUCGUUCCUUAGAUCUCAGCUGGUGCUCAAGGAUAACAGAUGCAGCCUUAGAAUAUAUUGCCUGUGAUUUGAAUAAUUUAGAAGAACUCACAUUAGAUAGGUGUGUACACAUUACUGACAUCGGCGUCGGUUACAUCUCGACGAUGGUUUCAUUGAGUGCUUUGUUUUUGAGAUGGUGUUCACAACUCAGAGAUUUCGGACUUCAACACUUAUGUGUCAUGAGAUCUCUACAAGUGUUAUCCGUGGCAGGUUGUCCAUUGCUCACAAGUAGUGGUUUAUCUAGUCUGAUACAGCUUCGACACUUACACGAGUUAGAACUAACUAAUUGUCCAGGAACGUCGCGAGAACUGUUUGACUAUUUACAUGAACAUCUACCACGUUGCCUAAUCAUCGAAUAAACAUUAAUAAGAAUAUCUACAAAUAAAAUUCCUUCAUAUGCAAAUGUACGUGUCAAACAGAAAGGGUUUAAACUGCGAGACUGCUUAAUUGAGGAAGUUGGCAGAAAGCAAUAUUUUGAACGAGAGACGGGUACGGUAAUAAGAAACAACUGACGUCCAAAUAAUGAAAGAACACUACAUUUUCUUCGUAAUGGUCUAAGAAAACACUAGCCCUCAAUAUAAUGCAUAGACAUUUUUAAUACAUUAACGUUCUAUGCAUUUCCGUUCGUAUUUUUUCAUUCUGCCACGUAAUCGUAUUACGGGCAUGUACGAUUGCGAUUGUAUUUAUAUCAAUUAGACAAAACGAAAAGAAGACUCGAUGCAUGUAAUAAUUAUGUACACAAAAAUGAAUUCAAUAUUGUACAUUAGAAAAGAUUGAUAAUGCAUCAGAAAAGAGAAUCAAUGAGUCCUUCUUUUUGCCUCCUAAUAAUGUAGAAAAUUCGACUAAAUAUAUGGCAAGAGACUCAACAGUUAGAACUGUGAUAAAUUUAUAUUGUACAUAAUACAAAUUGGUUCGCAUACAUUCAAACGACUACAUCAUCAAGCGCAUUUGACGGACGCAACAGCCGUGAAGCAGUUGGAUAAUGAAUUUAGGAUAUACCGUUUACGUAUUGUUAUUGCUCGAUUCCAUCGAAUGCGACUAUCGAGCAUGCAUUAUUUCAUUUUUUGCGAUUAUAGCUGCAACACACUCCACAUGUUGCUUGAAAGAAAGUAUUUGGUAGAUAUAAAUUAUAACACAGAAGAUAACAUUCCAAAUCAUAUUACCCAGUAAUCUUUAUCAAUACAUGAUUCGUGUUAUUUGUUUGAAUGAUACGUGUGUAUAGACAGAAAAUCAUGGCUCCCAAUUGUAGCACUAACAUGAUAACAUCCAUGUCAUCCGUAUAUUAUCCCUUCAUAUAUCCCUGUGCAAUCAGUGUUUUCUAAAUUUAAGACUUUUUACUAGUUGUAUUCUUUGUGGUUUUCAAGUAUAAGUAUAUAUAUAAUUACUAAUGUAACACUUAGAUAUAUUUCGCGUAUUUCAAGUGAAUAAUUUUAAUAAUUUAUUACGUCGAUAUGUAUUACAUCUUUUAUUGACAUAUACAUAUAUCGAAUAGAUAGGGGCUCUUAAUGAUUAAAUAAGUACAUCAUAUUAAUCAAUUUAAACAAGCGUUACACGUCUGAGUUGCGCAUUAAGACAACAGCAAUAAAAUGCCAAAGAAUAUUUUUUUUCAUUUACAAUUGUUUGCUAUUCAUCCAAGACGCAUAGAACCUGGAAAAAUACAGUGCAACGUAUACACCGUGCAAUCAGUAUUUUUUUUAAAUUUAAGACUUUUCGCUAACAUUCUUUGUGAUUAAGUAUUUAUUAAUGCAAUAUACAAUAAUUAAGCCAGAUACUUUACUAGAGAAAAGUCUGAAAUUUAAGAACCAUCAAUUGCACAAUAUAUUAUUGUAUUGCAUAGUGCGUCUUUUGUAUUUAAUACAAAAAAUUGAUGAUUGAAAUAAACUGUUAAAACAUUGUAUUUUAUGUGAUAUGUAUAAGAUUAUUGAUUAUACUUAAUAUUAAUCUGGAUCUGGAAUAUGUUCUGUUAAAUUAAGUUAUAAUAUCUCUAAGGAAUCUUAAUGGUCAUAUACAAAGAUAAUUUUUACGCGUUGUCACAUGUUUGGCACGUAAUAUCUUAUGUAUAUAUUGUACAAACUAUACCUCUAUAAUUCUGUUAUCAAUCAAAACUGAACGUAAAUAUAUCUAUACAGGCAAAGUUAUAUCGAAAAACCGAGUCACACUGUGAAAUCCUGUUCACAGAUGCAAAAUGUUUAAUGAUGACACAAUGGAAAUGUGCUGUGAAAUAAAAAUUUAUUGACCAGAA